AUGUCUGGUUUACAAGUAUGCAGAGUAUGCUUGUCACACCAUAGCCGUAUGUAUUCAAUAUUGAAUGGGCCACUUCAAAAGAUUUUUGAAAAUAUCAUUGAAGUUCCGCUUGUAAUGGGUGACAAAUGGCCAACAUGCUUAUGUUACAUUUGCUAUCAUAUGACUAGAAAAUUGCACAAGUUUAUAGAUAAAUCACUAAAGGCAAACAAGCUCUUGUUGCAACUCAUCAGUUCCGAGUCCGAGAUCACCAUAGAUACACUAAAUAUGAUUGUGAAGCAACAACCUGAUAUCUCAUGGAAGUUUUCCAUGUCACCCAUCGAGAUUAUUAUGCCUUUAUACCCAGAAAAGGUUAAACUGGAGCCUACUUUCAAUAUUGUCAAGUCUGAAACGGAUGUUGAGGAGAUGCAAGAUCAAAAUGAAACAGGAGCGAAACCGCCCAAGAAAUGUAAGCUGACCAAUAAAAUGGACAAAGAAAACCAACUCAAGCCGUCAAUAAUAACCGAAGGAAACAUGGCAACGGAAAUAGAAGCUCAACUUGGUAAUCCAAAUAUAAUUACGGAAUUCCAAAAUAGAGAGUCCGAGAUCACCAUGGACCCACUAAAUAUGACUGUGAAGCAACAAUCUGAUAUCUCUUGGAAGUUUUCCGUGUCCCCGAUGGAGAGUAUUAUGCUUUUAGACCCAGAAGAGGUUAAACUGGAGCCUACUUUCAAUAUUGAGAAAGUGAAGUCUGAAACGGAUCUUGAAGAGAUGCAAGAUCAAAUUGAUACAGUCAAGGGCUGUAGUAACAUUCCUAGCAGCGUUGUAGAAGUCACGUACCUUCUCCUCAAACUCACCGAUAGGUACUGCCUAAAGGUGGUACAGAUAUAUGCGCCGACCUCGACUCACUCCGACCAAACUGCCGAGGCAAUGAUGCCUGAUAUUGCCAAGGCCAUUAUGAACACCACCAAGGCUCACUACAUCGUUGUGAUGGGGGACUUCAAUGCCAAAGUGGAAGUACAAGCAAGCGGCGAUUCGAAAAUCGGAAAUCGAUAUGGGGAGCAGAAAUCACUAGAGGCAAAUGCUUGUCAACUUCCUCGAAUUGCUGGAGCUCUGAAAAGGUGGACGAGGCGAAGCCCUGAUAACGUGACCAGGAUCGAGAUAGAAUUCAUCGUGACUGAUAAGAAGCAUAUAUUUAAAGAUGUCUCAGAGAUCAACGGGUUCAAUGCUCUAAUGAACAUUAACUUUAAAGCUGAGAGGUUUCACCUGGUGAAGCCUACUCUCCAACCUACGCCGCUCCAUAUCGCUCUGGGUUCUGAAAAAUUCCAACUGGGACUUCAAAACCGCUUCGACGUGUUGGCAACCACUGGCAAGUUUGACGAGAAGACGGACGCAGGGUUUCCACUUAAGUGCAAGAAUAAGGUGUCCAAACUUUCUUCGAGACUUGUGCUCAUGAAGGAAAGGCGAUAGAUGCUAUCCACGUUGUCUUCGUCAAAUAGGUCGACCGGAAACCCAAACAUCAGGAAGCUGAUGCGACGCGACCUCCGUUGGUAUAAUACCUACACCAUCGAGGCUGCGAUGGAGCAAAACAGGGGGUCGAAAGUGUUCGCUCAGCAAUUAGAGCGCCCGUCGUUUUUUUUAGAUACCUGGACGCUACUCAACGAUGUCGAUUUGAUUGCCGAUAUAACGAAGUACUAAGUUCCAGGACCGGAAGACCAAUCCCAUAA